UCGUAGGCAAAUCUUUGUUGAUGUUGUUACUCGUUUCUUAUUUUAUCUUUGGUCAUGGAAAUGGAUUUUAAUACGUAUAAUAUUACUGGAAAAUGUAGAUUUUGUCACUCAGAGGGAUUCCACAGAGAUCUAAUGAAAGAAUACGAAGGAAAUAAUCUAAGCGAGAUUUAUUCUGAUAUGUUUCAGGAAUGCUUUAAUUUAUAUCUAUGUAUUAUGACAAACCAAAGUAGCCUUAUAUGCAUGUCCUGUAUCAAACAACUGCGAGAUGCAAACAGUUUCCGAACAAUGGUUGUUAAAGCUGAACAAGAGUUGUUGCAAGCUUCAGAACGAGAUCCAGUCUUUAUUAAUAUUAGUGAUACAUGGUCAAAAAAGGUCAGAGUGGAGGUAAAUACACAAGAGAUGGUUAAAUUGGAAAACUGUGAUUCAAUAUUAGAUAAUGAAUUACGAAACUGUAAUAUUGGUAAUCAAUGGCAUAGCGAUAGAAAUGUGAAAAGCGAGGAAAUAUUGGGAAAUUCAUUCGAUUCCUAUUCUAUAUUGGAUCAAGAUUAUUGUAGUGAUCAUGAAAUACAAGGUGAAAACGAAUUAUUGUCAAGGUUUGCGGGUUUGAAGCCGCUACCCACUCGAUCCACUUUAUAUAAAACAUAUUACAACUUUGCCAAACAGUUGGAUUCUUUGAAAGGUAAAAACGUAAGAGCAGCAGAUAUCAAGGCCCUCCUUCAAAAGCAAAACAAAACAUCAUCCACAUAUGUAACAGAAAAAUCUACUCUUUUAAAUAACAUUAUGCAACUCUUACAAAAUUCCAAUCUGGCACCAUUCCAACCAAAACGGCGCGCUGGAAUCCUUUGCUUUUACUGUUCUAAACCUUUUGACAACUUCCAAAGUCUCCAUUCACACCAAGAAAGCGAAAACUGCAAGAAAUCAAUGAAAAAUAUUCUUAAUAAAAAAUGUUCUGAGUCCUUAAUUAUUUACGCGCAUAUAGACGAAUUAAAAUGCACAAUAUGUAAUACAUCGCUCGAAUUUAACGCGUUAAAAACGCACUUAAUGACGGUACACAAGCAAAAGUUUUUUCCGUCCAGUGAGAGGGUAGUUCCGUUCAAAUUGGUUAAGGGAAACGAGUUCAUUUGCCAAAUUUGCGGGUUUAGCUUCGAAACAUUCGGUUCAAUCGAGCGCCACAUGAACACGCAUUACAGGAAUUAUGUUUGCGAAUGCGGCGCCGGUUACAUGACUAAAAAUCGUUUGAAGGUACACUGGAGGUAUUCGCAUAAGAACGGUGUGUUUCCGUGCGAGAUAUGCAAAAAGACAUUCCCUUCCCAACAUAAAUACAACUGUCAUUAUGACGUCGUCCACAGAUCUGUGAAAAAAAAUAAAUGCACGAAAUGUCCGGCUCGUUUCGCUGAUUAUUUUAAUAAGCAUAAACACAUGGUCGAAGUCCACGGCGAACCACCUUUGGAAUACAGGUGUAACGUUUGCGAUGCGAUUUUUAAACGACGCUACGCCUUGCUCUGCCAUGUGCGCCGACGCCAUUUGGAGAUGAAGAAUGUGGAUUGCGAAUUGUGUAGUUAUAAGUGUUACACGGUGACGGAGUUGAAAGUGCAUAUGAUAAAGCAUGUUGGGGAGAGGACGAAUCAAUGUAGCAUAUGCAAAAAGGCAUACGCGAGAAAGAAAACGUUGAAGGAGCAUAUGCGGAUACAUGCUAAUGAUAGGAGAUUUGUUUGCGCGAUUUGUGGGCAGGGCUUCGUGCAGAAUUGUAGUUUGAAAGGACAUAUGCGAUCGCAUCACGGUGAUAGCGAAUUAGCUAAGCUUUAAACAAAUUGGGUGAAGUGGAGUAGUUGCUUCCGAAAUUAAUAAAACCACGCAAUGUUCAUUCUGCCUAAUAACCUUGUCUUGCGUCUAUUGUUCAAAGAAAAAAAAUACGAGUAUGAAAAACGGUUGAUUUAUAAUCUUGCGUAUUGUCUACGAACAAGCUUCGUCAGCAUAUCUUCCAGGUAGAGCAAGUUAAAAAGGUGGAUGAUAAAAAUAUGGUCGUAAAUAGCAUGAUGCUUUUUAUAUCAUAGACAAAGCCAAUAUGAAUUUGCUUCUCUCAUAAUGUUUGUAAUAUGUAUGUGAUUGAAGACUUGUGAAAAAUAAAGUUCAGGCUACCUGACUUCCAAUGGUAUUCACGAUCUCCAUGUGUUAUUGUACUACGGAUAUCGAGAGAACAUCGAAUUUGUAUAGAAAUAUUGGAAUCGGUCAUGCUUUUGGAAGUCACAGAACAAAUGCCCAGUUGUCAAUU